UCCUCUGUGCAGUGGGUUCGCUCAUUAGUGCAGCUCUGAUCCUCUGCUCUUGCAGUUAAAACCAUCUCUUUUUGCAGUAUAGAGACACUUCACACAGCUGAUGUGUUGGUGCUAGCAUCUUCCUGCUAAAAGUGAUAUAAAGCUGGGGAUCUUCGUCGGGGACGAUCGGGAGAUGAUGGCGAAAAAAUGCAACACAAGACUGUUGGAGCUCUGUGUGUGUGUGGCCGUGUUAAACUCCAUCUCUGCCUCUCCAGAGGUCUGCACCAAUUCCCUUCUGCCUGGAGCUAAAGGAGACCAAGGCGAGGUGGGAGAGGAGGGAGAUCAGGGGAAACUGGGGAAAAACGGACCACCGGGACUCCCAGGCGCACCAGGAGAGAAGGGACUUAGAGGAGAGGUGGGCACCACAGGGAAGAUGGGACCUGCUGGAGACAAAGGUGACAAAGGUGAUACAGGUGUGGAUGGGGCCUCUGGUCUGAAAGGGAAACCAGGCACCACAUGUGACUGUGGCAGGUACAGGAAAGUGGUCGGACAGCUGGACAUCAACACGAGCAAACUGAGGAGCGCUGUCAAGUUUUUGAAAAAUGUCAUCCUGGGGCUGAAGGAGACGGAGGAGAGGUACUACCUGCUGGUGAAGGAACCCAAGAGGUUCAGAGAGGCGUCGAUGAACUGCAAGCUCAGAGGAGGCUCACUGGCCAUGCCCAAAACCACCGACACCAACCGACUCAUGGCAGACUAUGUCAGUCGCGCAGGACUGACGCGAGUUUACAUUGGUGUGCAGGCUCAAAGCAAGGACACAAAUGGAACAAGCAGUUAUGUGUACGCAGACUCCAGCCCCCUGCAGGGGUUUACAGCCUGGAGUCAAGAUGAGGUGCUAAACUCCAGCUUAUCCUCAACCUCAAACUCCAGCUGUGUGGAGCUGCUCAGCACUGGAACAUGGGGCCGUGUGGAGUGUGAGGCCUCCAUGUUUUUCAUCUGCGAGUUCCCAAAGAGCAGGAGAAGAGGAGGGAGGACGGGGUGAGGAGGAGGCAUCCAGUAGUCUGAGAUCAAUGUAACAUGUAUGUGUGUAUAUGCAUCUGCACGUGCGUAGUACAUUUAUGUAGAUGUGUACACGACAUAUUAUAUUUUGACCUUGUUGGUUUUGCAUAGAAACAUCUGUUGACAUCACUAAAUAACUUACCCACUUGGCUAAAAGUUUCAUUACCUCCGCCAAGGAAGUUGUUUUCACCCCUAUCCAUUUGUUUAUUUGUUUGUUUGUCAGCAAGAUUGCACAAAAACAACCGAUCUGGAUCAGGGGGC